AUGAAAGCACAGGGUAUUCAGCAACUAUCAUAUCAGCUGGUUAAUUCAAGACCGCUGUCUUUGGACUCCACGUUGACGUCACACAUAUUCGGCGCGAUGCCGACGUCCACAGCAGGUUCGGUUCGGUAUCGCCCGUACAUGGAUCGAGAUGUGACACCAAUCAACGGACAAACACGCUUUUCUGAUUAUAAAGUCCGCAAUUCUAGUGCAUAUUCUUGCAAGUAUUCACAACAACGAACCGCUGGUGAAUGUUAUAGCCAACUAAACUACGAUUAUGCAGGUCCGUACAUGGGUUAUGAUCAUUCCUAUUUGUCAACGCUGCGGUCAUUACAGGAAGUGUGCAGUAUUGGCACUACAAUAAACGGAUUGGCUUGCCUCAGUGACACGUCCAUGCCAUCAAUAUCACCUCCGCAUGGAAAACACAAUCCUGACGCAGUGGCCAGCGCGAAAGGUUCGAUGAACAGUGUUGCCGGAAGUACUAAUUGUGAGCAUCCUUUCUAUGCUAGACGAAGCGCAGCCACCCCUGCAGAUGGCAUGACUCGAACACGUGACAAGCAUAGGGUCGUAUACACCGACAAGCAGAGAAAGGGACUGGAACGGGCAUACGAUGAGGACAAGUUUAUUACCAUGGAGGCCAGAGACAAACUCUCCAAGGAGUUGGAACUCUCGGAUCGACAGGUACAAAUCUUACUUACGUAA